GGAACGCCGAACGCGAGGGACGCACACGCGGACGCGCAAUCUUCAAGUGGAGUUUGUUCGGUAACCACGAAUCGAAAACGAAGCAACCCAGUUUGCGCCGAGAAACAAAGUUGUGCACGUUCUGGACAGGUGGCCGUGCGCUAGUGUUGUUGCCUUUUUUUGUAAUAAGCCGUCGCUUUAAUUGAUCUACAGGCCAAUAUGUCGAUGAAAAUGCCCGUUCUGGAAGAUGACGAGCGGUUUGCGCUGAUGCAGUUUCGCCGCAAGGUGGCAGACGUACUGAAACCGGAGCAUGAUGACUACUAUCUACUGCGUUGGCUACGAGCACGCAACUGGAAUCCGGAAGCGGCCGAGAAGAUGUUGCGCGAUUCGGUGAAGUUCCGCGAGCGCUGGAAUACAGAUGAGAUCGACAAAUGGCCGACGCCCCAGAUACUGCGCGAGUACAGCCCGCACGGAGUGUCCGGGUACGAUAAGGAGGGCUCGCCGAUCAUCAUCAUUCCGUUCGCCGGUUUCGACAUUUGGGGCCUGCUGCACACCGUGUCCCGGGCCGAUAUUAUCCGUAUGACGAUGCAGGCCCUCGAGGGCUACAUGAAGCUGGCGUACGAGCAGAGUCAGAAGACGGGCAACCCGAACAGUCGCCAGUUUGUGGUGGUGUUCGAUAUGUUCGAUUUCAACUUGAAGCAGUACAUCUGGCGGCCGGCGAGCGAGGUCGUGAUUUCGUUGAUCAAAAUGUACGAAGCCAACUACCCGGAGAUCCUCAAGUGUUGCUACAUUAUCAACGCACCGAAGGUGUUCGCCUUCGCGUACAACAUGGUGAAGAAGUUCUUGGGUGAGUACACGAUCGACAAGAUUCGCAUCUACAAGCUGGACCGCAACAAGUGGCUGCCGGCCAUACUGGAGCGAUGCGAUCCGGACCAGAUCCCGGCGUACUUCGGGGGCACUCAGACCGACCCGGACGGCAAUCCGAAGUGUGAGCAGAAGAUUUGCUGGGGCGGCAAAGUUCCGAAGUCGUUGUACACGUCGAAGGAGGAUAGCUUCAACAACAACCUGACGUUCACCGAGACGGAAAUUCGGAAAGGCAGCAAGCUGAAGCUGACCUUCGACUGUGAGGAUAUGGGCUGUUUUCUGAAAUGGGAAUUCCGGACGUUCGACCACGACAUCAAGUUUGGGAUCAAGUGCGUCAACAAGAAAACGGACGAAGCUAACAUCGAGGUACCGCUGAAGCGCGUGUCCUCGCAUCAGGUCGAUGAGUCCGGCUUCAUCACCUGCCAGCCGGGAUGCACUUAUCACGUCCUGUUUGACAAUUCGUAUUCGUACUUCAAGACGAAGAAAAUUCGCUACUCCGUCCUCAUGACGGCACCGCUGAGCGAUGUGGAGCAAACGGUGGCCCCCAUUGCCGUGACGGAGGAAAUGGAUCCGGAAGCGAGCGAAGAUCACGAAACCAUCCCCUAGUCAAUGUCUGGUACCUAGUAGCUUCGCCCGCGGGGUGGAAAAUAGAAGUUGCAGAAAGAUGCUGAACCAACUGAAAUGGAAGCAUUCUACACAAAAAAAAACUGUUCUCUACCAAAGAUUAUUUCUGGUUUUAUUUCUUCCAAUUUGGCCCACAAGAACGGAGAACUUUCUUAUCACAACAUGAUUGGGGGCUUAGUACGUGAAAUAAAUUUGAUAUUGUCUUCAAACAGUCUUACAAACAGGGACAAUUGAAUCCGGGCCCCGGUGAUACGUAACCGAAACCGUGAGCAAGGCGGUGGUCGUACACUUUCGUGGUGCAACUUCUAUGCGUUAGAACAUAAGACAGAUUGUGUAUUAAUAUAGACUGGUGAUAAAUGAAGCGCACGGCAGUUACUGUGGUACUUAUAGAUUUUAAUUGUAUCGUUUGAAAUGCCGAAGG